UCCCUCGCAGCGCAGGACACACCGCCUCUAAACGACUUCCCGCAACCGCUGCUCUUGCUCCACGCGUCCCUCCAUUCUCUUCUCCCCACCACCGCCUCCAAAAGCUUCUAGAAGAUCCAUCCACCGACAUGGCCUCGCCGCCGCCGGAGGCCGGGCUCACCGACUACGAGCGCCUUCGCGAGGAGAACAUCCGCCGCAACGACGCCAUCCUCGCGUCCCUCCGCCGCAAGGCCGCAGACCUCUCCGCCUCCCUCCGGCCCACCCCUUCCUGCCCCAAGCGGGCCAAGAAGGAACCGCCGCCCCGCACGGCCCCCGCCAGCCCCGUCGUCCUCCGCCGCUCCCUCCGCACCCGCGGCCUACCCCCUAGCGACUCCUCCGCCGCCGAUGCGGCGUCCCCAGCCUCGCCGCCGUCCCCUCCGAUGCCCCGCACCACCCGGUUCUCCUCCUCGCUCGCAUCCGCCCUGCGCUCCGCCGCCGCCGAUGCCUCUCCCUCGGCGCCGGAGGGCGAGAUUCGCGAGGCGGACGGGUUCGACGCCGGGAGGGACCUGAUGCUGCGGCCCGCGGACGUGAGGAGGGUGGUGCCGGAGAGGAUACUCUCGGUGCGGGUCCUGCCGCUGGCCGACCGGACCGUGGUGGUCGCCGGGAACAAGGUCGGCCAUAUCGGGUUCUGGGACGUGGACGGUAUUGUGGAGGAUGGCGAUAGUGCAGACGGGGUGUUCGAGUAUUUUCCCCACAGAGGGCCAGUGGGGGCGAUUGUGGCGCACCCAGCCACGCCGCGGAAGAUUUAUAGCUGUAGUUAUGAGGGUGAAAUUUGUCUUAUGGAUGUUGAGAAGGAGAUCUUUAAUAUGAUCCAGUUGUGUGACUAUCCUGUUUUCUCACUUUGUCAAGCACCAAAUAGUCCCAGCUGCCUAUAUUUUGGCGAGGGGAAUGGUGAAUUGAAACUUUUCGAUGAGAGGGCGGGUAAGGUGUCAACCACAUGGAAUCUACAUGACAAUAGAAUCAACUCAAUAGAUUUUCAUUUGGAGAACCCAUAUAUAUUUGCCACAAGUUCAACAGAUCGAACAGCUUGUAUGUGGGAUAUGAGAAGCAUGAAAAAGAAGGGUCCGGAGAGCUUGAAGGUUUUCGAACACGACAGAUCAGUUCAGUCAGCUUAUUUCUCACCUAGUAGCAGCAUGCUUGCAACAACCAGCCUAGAUGACACUGUCCGAGUUUUUAAUGUGGAUAACUUUGAUGAUUCCUAUAUUAUCAAGCAUUAUAACCAGACAGGCAGAUGGCUGUCUACAUUCAAGGCAAUCUGGAGCUGGAACAGCACUGAUAUAUUUAUUGGGAAUAUGAAAAGAGCAAUAGAUGUCAUCUCCGUUGAUCGCAAUGAAAGUGGUGUCUCAGCUUCAAGCAAGGCAUGUCUUGAGAGUGAACACAUGACAGCCAUCCCUUGCCGGUUUUCCCUGCACCCCUACAAAGUUGGCCACCUUGCUUGCGCUAGCUCCGGUGGUAAGGUUUUUCUUUGGACUAGAGCUUGAAGCAGCAAAAUUUUCCCUGGCUGACUUGUGAACUCGGCUUUUGGCUUGUUGCUAGUUCUUUCAUGCCCACAUGCCCAGGUCCGUACCUGGAAGAUGUCCGAUGGUUGUAACGCCUAGUGCUUGUUUAGUAUCCUGCUGUCAUAAUGUAUAAUAGUUAGCACGGCAGUAACAUUUUGUGCUUUAAUGUAUUUGUUAGAACUGUUACCUUCAUAUGGAUCAUGUGUUGGUUUAGUUUGGCAUACGAAGUUAUGAACGUAGUGAUAAUGGAGCAUGGUUUACAAGUUUAUCUA